AUGUCUAGGCCUACGUUCGUCUGUGUUCCAGGCUUUUGCCACACCUCAGCCAUAUUUGAUCCGCUCAGAACUCUCCUCGGCCACUACGGAUAUCCUGUCCUUCCAGUUCAGCUUCCAUCAGUACUUGUGAAUGGAGGUCAUGCAUCAAAUGAUCCUGCUCAGGAUACUAGAGCGAUACGAAGUUCUGUCUCAUGUCUUGUAGAAGCAGGCCACGAUGUCAUUGUAAUUCUGCAUUCUUAUGCCGGUGUACCGGGUGGCGAUGCCUUGCAAGGCCUAGGCAAAACUGAGAGGGCACAAAGGGGCUUAAGCGGUGGAGUUCUACGAAUCGUAUUUGUCAUGGCGUGGAUCGUCCAAGAGGGCUUUAAACUUUGCGAAGAAGGAGAUUAUAGUUCUUUCCCACCAUAUAUGCAUUGCAACACAACUUCACGUGUAAGUCGUACGAUCCAAAUCUCUCCUUUCAACCAAAUACUUUUGAUAAGAUUCGGAAACCACAACCUCGCCAAGGGAUUUUAUCCUCACUCCAGCACAAUAUUUUUCUUUACCUCUGCCAGACUCUAGCUUACUAUUCGCUACAUGUUAGAAAAAGGCCGGCACUGUGUCUAUUCCAUCUGCAUUGGCGAUUCAAUACUUUUACAAUGACUUACCUCAUGACCAUGCCGAAUACGUGAGUUGUUCUAGCCAAAGCAGAAGUACUGCUUACUAAACCCUCUAGUAUGCACACAUUAUGCGCCCCCAAGCUACAUCAGUAUUGUACCACCGAACCACAAUUGCGGCAUGGCGCACAAUCCCUACCACAUACGUUCUAUGUCCCCUCGACAACGUGCUUACUGAUGCAUACGCACGACUUAUGCUUACUUCAGCUCAAGAAUCGGGUAGUAACAUCGAUACUAUAGAGGUAUGCGAGGGGGCCGGGAGUUGCUGUUGGUUGGGGUCCGCAGCUGAUUCAUUCACGGGGAUUUUACGACGGGCCGCAGGAGAAUCGGUAUGA